UCCUGGUGCUGCAUGGGUCGUGGGUUCCUUCGGCCGGUCGUCCUGCCGCUCUCGUCCACUAGCCGCCGAAUACGUAACAGCUGGUGGCAGCGGAUGGAGCGCUCGCUGGCGGUGGCCUUGGCGUCCGGUUUGUGUGUCUGCGUCACUUGGCGUAUGGAAAACAAAGACGACGACGGCCAUUCGAUGGCCCGUGCAUUUCCUGCUCCAUUAACACCGGCAUCACCUACACAGCAAUAAUUGGUCGCCUUGGCAAGUGGUGCCUUGUUGCGAAAAAAGGCCAGCAACCAGCACCAAGACUUAAUCUGAAGUGAGCCACUUCGUGCAAAGUUGCGGUGUUUUGAAAAUCCAUUUUGCCGGCCCGUCAAGAAUACCGAAAAAGCGCACAGCUGAACAAAGGUCAAGGUAGUGAGCGAACCGAUUCACUAUGACGCAACCAUCCCCCGGUGCUGAGCUAAUCUGCGGACUCCCGCGUGCAGCGUGGGAAUCGAUAUUCCAACUCUUGGACGGAGCCUCCCGCCUCGCUCUCACCGAGGCAGCAGCUGAGCUCACCGGAGUCGCCAACUGCAUGCGGGUCGUCGAGGCCAUAACGUUUACUUCUGACACGGAUGAAUGUACGCUUGGUGAAUACUGCGAGAAGGUGAACACGAAGAACUUGCGCCAAUUGAGGUUCACCAACUGCAUAGCUUUACCCUCCGACGUGCUCCUUGGAUUUGUCGCCAUCUGCGAUAACAUACAGGAGCUAUGCGUUGUGAACUGCGUCGUCGAGCCUCCGGCGCUUUUUAGAAUGCUCUCACAGAGGCUCGCGAAGAUGAAGAAGCUAGAGUGGUCGCUUUACGAGGACCGCCGCUACGAUUCGUGGCUGGAGAAAGACGCUGUCGCGGGCACAAGCACGCAAUGCGAGCCUCAGACACUAAAGCUACAGUCCAUGUACGUCGAAGUUGUCGCGACUCCGCUGACGGCAGACUUCUUGGAGGCCGUCUUGAAUGGUUGCCACGGCCUGCAGAGCCUGCACAUUCACGUCAUACGUAAGGAUGCUGUAGGAAUACCGAUGGGCGACGCCUAUAUCAGGCUGAAGGCGCCCAGGCCCGGUCUGCGCACCUUCCUUUGCACUUGCGAGCGGGUACCUCCGCCCAAAGGCCGGCUCUCACCGGAAGCCUCGUACAGCUUCAUCCGACUCGAGGAUGUUCGGGAAAUGAGGACGUCCCUUCAGGGAGUGCGCCGGGCGGUCGUGGCUGUGGAAGCCGACUCGGAAGCUGCCAGCCGCUUCCUCGGAGCAGCAAAGCACCCGGAGCACUGGAACGAUGUCAGGUCCCUCUCACUAGCCCUGCUGCUCGAACAGGUCCAGCUCGAACGCCUCCCGAGAGCUGCUCCCGGCUUCCUGAAACCAAUGCGGAAGUUUCUCCGAACGUGCCUCGCCAACAUCUCCGAGCUCAGCCUGACAAAGAGCCACUUCUCGCUCGUCUGCAACUUCUGCUCAGUCGUGGGCCCGGCCUUGUCUCAGCUGCGCUCGCUGGCCCUUCCACCGUGCGCCGUGAAUUCUCAUAACUCACUUCAGUGCCUGGCGCGAUGCUGCCUGUUCCUCGAGGAGCUGGACGUCAGCAACGACGAGACUCCUCCAUGCGCCGCCUGCAAAGUGCCUUUGAUGUUCACAGAGCGUGACUUCGAGUGCCUGCACAGGCAGACUAGGCUGUGGCGGCUGAACAUCGCUGAGACCGCGAGGAUCUUAUGUUUCAAGUUCCUACUUGGGUGCCGAGUCACCAACCUUCGCUUCAGCCUAGAUAGUCUGGUGAGUGACGCCGGCUCUGUCUUCUACUUCGGGCCUUGCCAUCUCCUUUGCGCAAAUGAACGGCUCUCUACGCUCACCAUAGAAGCACGCCACGUGAUGCUUGGGCAGAAGCCUUGCUUCGCUGCUAGACUCACUGCGGCAAAGGCUCUGCGCAGAUUGUGCCUGCUGACCGGAGCUCAGGCAACGGACAGCGCGGUGGCAAACUUUAUCGCACGCAUGGUGGAAGCAUUGCCACUGCUGCGAUUGGUUCAUGUGCACUACCUGGCUACCAGCUCCACGCUGAAAACCAUGUCGUGGAUCAGGCAGCACCACGCAGUCGUGAACACUCUGCCAAACGGCAAGAGGCUUCGUUGGCAAGGCCAGCUCUGUGACGACAGUCCCUGCGUGGGCCGCUACUGCUGCGCCACAUCAUUCAUCGGUGUGGCAAGGCCGAGGAACCGCUACUGAAAAAAAAAAAAACUUUCUCCGCACUACACCGCCGCCACUACCCGUUCGCCUAUCAUGGGGUAGAUUUCCUUCGGAAAUAAAUUCCAAGUGCAGCUAC